AUGCUUAAAAGAUUAUUCGUAAAUAGAUUUUUUAGUACGGGAAGAACGCUUUUCUACGCCGGUCCAAAUCCUACCGCAGCUAGAAGUUUAAGAAGAUCCAGACAACUGAAGCGUCCACAGACAAUUGAAUCUUCACUGGUGACUAGAAUAAGACCAGUCACUGCUAUCACUACAGCUGAGUCGUAUGACUUACAAAAGACAAUUGAUUUGCUCAGUAGGAAGGGGUAUCAACCAACCACGUUGAUACCGAACGAGAUAAUAAGUUUCAAAUACCUGCAUGAUGGUUGUAGAGGGGACAUAAUGGUUCUUGCUCAAAAUGGAUCCAUAGUAUCAUGGGGGUUCAACGAAACAGUUAUGCGCGACGAAAUUCUACCGCUUGUGUCAACCGCCCGUGUAAAUUCGUUGCUCGAUUCACAGUACGAAAGUGAGGAUUUAGACUAUGUUGAAUUGGAAAACGAGGACGAUAUGAACAAUUUAAAGCGUGAUUAUUCGAUUAAUGACGAGAGCUGCGUUACAAACGAACUUAUAAUCAUCAAUGGCGUGGAACAUGAGAAAGCUCUGUUAGAUAAGGCGGCAUUUUCUAGCGGUAUAUCCAGAAGCACGAGAUUAGCUGUACUUGAAGUUGCCUUGGAUGCGCAUAUAGAAAAGACAAGAGAGUUCACGGAGUCUUUAUCCCGAGGUAAGAAAUUGAAUAUCAGUGAAAAAGCUGUGUUACAAUCCACUGGAAGGUUGUUUUUGAUGAGAGGUAAAUUAAACCUUUAUAGCGAGUUGAUUGAAACUCCGGAUUUAUAUUGGAGCGAACCGCAAUUAGAGAAGCUUUAUCGCCAGAUAUCAAGAAACUUGGAUAUUCAACCUCGUAUAAGUAUUCUCAACACUAAGCUUGAUUACGCCACUGACGAAGCAAGGGCACUGAUGGCUGUUUUGAAUGAAAAGAAGGGCACCAGGCUAGAAUGGAUCAUUAUCUAUUUGAUCACAGUGGAAGUAUGCUUUGAGCUCUACCACUUUUACGAAAAGUAUCAAGAAUUAGUAGCCGAUGCUGAAAACAAGACAAAGGCCGAAAAUCAUUACUAA